GGGAAGCUGGUGGGAGAGCUGGACAGGCGCCUCGAGAGGGAGCGGGGAGUGGCUCCGGCUUAAGCCGGGCUAGGCUGGGGGGGUGCCCCCCAGAGCCCAGCCGGGAGGAGGGGGACGAUUAGCCGCUCCACUUAGCCUGCGGGGGAUGAUGUCUGGAGUCCUGGAGACCGCAGCCGGGGAUGCGGACGCCGAGGCCCGGCAGAGGAAGCUGGAGUCCAUGAGCCGACUCCCCCGACUACCGGUCCACAUGGACACCCUGCUGCCAUCAAAAAUAAAGAUUAAUUUAGAAGAGAAUGUACAAUACAUGGCCAUGAGAAAAGCACUAAAGGGGUCAAAACCUCGUUAUGAUGUAUCUUUGGUUUAUUUAACUCGUAAAUUUAUGGAGCUUAUCAAAUCUGCUCCUGGUGGAGUUCUUGAUUUAAAUGAAGUUGCAACAACAUUGGGAGUACGGAAACGAAGAGUAUAUGACAUCACCAAUGUAUUAGAUGGAAUCGACCUCAUUCAGAAAAGAUCUAAGAAUCAUAUUCAGUGGAUUGGAUCUGAUCUUGGUGGUAUUGGAUCAAAGAUACCGCAGCAAAAGAAGAUAAGGGAUGAACUUGCUGAUUUAACAGCAAUGGAAAAAGCUUUGGAUGAGUUAAUUAAGGAUUGUGCUCAGCAGCUGUUUGAACUAACAGGUGACAAAGAAAAUGAAAGAUUAGCAUAUGUGACCUAUCAAGACAUCCAUAGUAUUCAAGCUUUCCAUGAACAGAUUGUUAUUGCAGUCAAGGCUCCAGAAGAAACCAAAUUGGAAGUGCCAACUCCUAAAGAAGACUGUAUAACAGUACAUAUAAAGAGCACAAAGGGACCUAUUGAUGUUUAUUUGUGUGAAGUAGAACAAGAUAACGUAACUAACAAAACAUUUGAAGAAAUGAGCACUACUUUAUCUGAAAGUAAGUCUACAGUUCAUCCUGAUCAAGAAGGAAAUCUACAGCAGAGUGAAUCAAAUGAAAAAAAGCACCUGAAUUGUCAUGAGCAUUAAAACUCUGGAAUGAUUUCAGCGCCUUUUGUCAAGUUGGCUUAAUAGUCAAGUCUCUGUGGUGAGACUCGCCUUUUCAGUUUGGACUUUAAAAAAAAAAUCAGCCAUUGAGGACUUCAGUGUCCAGUUUGAUAUUAACAUUAAGGCCAAUAAUUUUAGUUCUCUUGUAAGCAGUUAGAUCAACGUAUUGUGGAAAAUGGCUCAUUUUAUAAACAAUUAUGAAAAUGUAAUUUGGCGUUUACUUAAGUGAAACAAUGACUUUCCGUAUUGAAAAAGGUUUCAUCAAAAUAAUCUUUUAGAGCACAAGUUUGUUACCACUAAAAUAUUUGGACUAACCUAAAAUUGAAGAACACAGUGUAUCAUUAACUUCUUAAUUUACAAUGCAGAAUAUGUACCAAGUGAAAUUAUACUUUACAUCAUGUGAGUACUGUUCACAUUGUGUGCAGUCAGCUGCUUCAAUAAUAAAGAUGUACACAGUAAAAUUAAAUGUGAAUACUUCUGUAUAUAUUUGUAUAAUGUUCAGAUAACUCAUGGAAAAUGUGAAGCAUACAUAAGAUUUUCACCGUGUACAGCAAAAAAUAAAAUGUAAAUAUGAAAAGUAA